CACUGGAGCAUUUUAUGUCAUGCGGUGGCCAAGCUUCCUCGUUACCUUAACCCCCCCAACAAGGAACGUUUGCUGCAAAUUGUGCCUUCCCUGGCAAAAGGGCUUCAUCUGAGUCCAGGAUGCCGAAGGUGUCAAGAUUUCAUAGCAUGUGACGAGCUCUACUUGUUUUAUGUUCUUAAUAUUAAAGUCAUACAUGGUUGGGUGUGUGAUCCGAAUGACAAAGAGUUCUUCAGUGUUCUUGGCAAUUGCUCUCGUAGUACCCUGCUGAAAUCAAUUAGUCGGCCGGGAGGACUUGCGAAACUUGUAGAAGGCACCAGUAAUCCGUCAUCUUUGAGUAAAAAGAUUCAGAAGUUUGCUGAAUCAGGCCUAACAAAAUAUGGGUUGCGCAUCUUACACGAAGAAAUAGGCGAGCGUCAACUCGCAAUAAUUUGCAUCAAUGAUCAGUUUGACGUUAUCUAUAAGUGCUCUGGUGAUCUGUUUGUACUAGAAACAGAUGGGCACGUUCUGACAAAAUUUGGAGAAGCCCUGUGGAAAAGGUUGACGCUGAUGGAAGAAGAGAGCUUCUAUGUUACCAUGCAUUUUGAUCCAGUCAAGGGGCAAAAAAAUAUCCACAAGGCUACUGAGUGGUUGGAAAGGAAGCUGUCAGAACUGGAUGAGUGUGGUGACAAAGGGAAGAAAAAGAAGAAGACUCCAAUAAACAUCGUAAAGAAAGUGGAGGAAGAGAUAGAGGUUCCCAAGUCAGCAACAUCGGCAUCUGGGGGGAUAAAGCAAAAGGAAGAGGUACCUGAGCCAGAAACAUCUGGACACGAUCCUUCUAUUUCUCAUGCGUCCCCGCCUGAGAAAGAAGAUGAAGAAGCGAAGCCACCAACAAUUGCAGACCGUUUUCUUGUGUUUCUGUCAGAGUUUCAAGUUGGUGGCAGUGCUCCUCUUUAUGAAGGUGUCGUAGCAGGAAUGAAAUCUAUUAAUCUGUUCAUGUUGCAUGUCCCAUUUUCGUUUAUUCAACAGUAUGAUGGAGAACUUGCUAUAGAAAUCCAGGAUGGGUACCCCAGCAUGAAAAAUGAACUGCGACAAUCUGUCAUCUCCUACCUUGUGAAUCACGGUUUUGACAAGAAGGAUGCAACAGUGCAUGCACAACUUGAAAUAAUUGCUUUGCCAGAACCUAAAAGCAUCCAAAAGUUUAUCAGCUUUGUUGAAGAUAAUGAAAUGGUUCGUCCAUACGAACUGUACAACAAUACAUGGGACAAUGCAACAACACCAGCUGCAAGGAGUAUGGGACUAGGCUACAUAAAUCACAUGUUUGAUAAGUUUGACAUGGGUAAAUGUUGGGGCAAAGGGGACAAUGAAUGGGAUGUGAGAAACAUGGAAGUCAGGAGCAAUGGGAAAGAAUUUGUUAUCAACAAAGAAGCUGAUGAGGAAGCAACUCAAGAUCUUGUUGUGCACAACUUGCUAAAGUUAUUUCAAAUAAUACAUCCUCGCUUUCAAGGCAAGACUGUCAAUCGCCUCCCUGUGUUUUUUGACAGUUUGCAUGCUGAUAUUCUUUCAGCACCCGAUCCAAAGGGUGACCGCCAAACCUGGAAUAGGUAUGCAAAAAUGAUGAGAUCAGCUCUUGCACUGAAAGCGCCAUUAGUAAGGUCCGGACUGGUUACCAAUGUCUAUAGAGUGCUCUCUUUGCGACUCUUACUAGAGCCUUCAAACCUUUUUGCACUUACAAAGAAGCUUAGAGAUGAUUGGCGUUCGUCUGCUAGAACCCUUGAACCAUUCUUACAAGUAUACAGUUACAGAAACGAUGUGUCCGAUCAAUUCGCCCGUGAUAAAUGGGAAAACAGCCACUGGGAUGUUGUGAAAUAUUCUCGGCACUUUAUUGAGCAUGUUCUUCUUUACUUAAAGAGUAAGUCGUUGCUUCAUGACAUUGCUAUUGUGGAGAUGAUGAUCUCAAGAUGCCUUGAGAGACAUAUUGCGAGGUCAAUUCGAGCCAUUGUCAUGGAAUAUGGCGUAGAAGGAAUGUUGUCCACUGCAUGGGGUUGUUUUGAAGGUUCCGAAUGCAUGACCAUGCCUCUGCAAAUACUUUCCCAAGUUAGCAUUGACGCUGUCGCUAAAGAGGGUGAAAACGAGGAAGACGUGAUCUCUUCUGAAGAGCGACUUGUGAUUCAUGUUUGUGGAAGCAAGUCAGGUGGGCUUAUGGUGUACUCAGAACUUGGGAGGACAUACAACCCCUCAGAUGAUUUGGCUUCCGAGGAGUCGAAUGGUUUACCGGCUGCUCCAAUUGUCCGGAAUCUAUCUUUGGCUGGGCUCAAGGAUUUCCUGGAACAGAAAGGGUUCAAGGUUAAAUCAUCAAGCGAUGGUUUACAGCGAGAGGAGUACAUCUUGGUUGCUAAGAUUGUUAGGCCGGAAGAAAGGAGUAACAGGGAUGCGCCAGAGGUGCGUGUCGAAGGUGUGUUCUCUGAUGAGUACCAAGCCUUAUUCUUGAACGUUAGUAUGUGGCUGUCAUCUUCUGAUAACCAGAGAUCAGAAACGUAGUGGACUACAAACCGAGUUGUAUAAAUUCCUGCUAUAUCAAUCAUUUUGGCCCCUGUAGACUAAUGAAAUUCGGGCGAGCCACGCUGUGGGGGGGGGAAAAAUGCUGCUAUAUGUAGUGAAUGCUGACCGAUGGAUCGAUUGCCAUGUUUAGUUAGUCAGUCUCGGGUUGAUUUGGUAGGUAUUUGAAUUUGUAUUAUUGGUUGAGAAGCUCCUAAGCCUUGGUAGGUGUUUGAAUUCUGAAACACCACGUUGGUGUCCAGUCAGAGAGAGCCAAUCCAUUGUGUGCCGAUGAGUGAAUCAGAUUGAUCCCGCAUGAGAUGUUUCACCUGGAUUGAAUGAUUCUGAAUUGGAUGGUACAAUUUAAGUUGUUUGGUUGGCUGUCUA